CGUCGCGCGUAAUAUGACGUCAUCGAAGAGCGACUCCGUUGUUUUGUGUUUACCUUUGGACUGAAAGAGCAGCAUUUACUCGGUUUUUUGUAGGGUUUUUUGUGUCUGUACUUUAUUUUACGGUAACUGGAUGUUUUUCUGAAGCCCUGCAAACUUUGUUACAAGCAUUCCUAUCCAACAUGGCAAAUACGGUGGUGAAAUUUACCUGGUGUUCGUGCCGCAACUAUAAAAUCCAGUCCAAAGACACACACGAGAAGUGUUUAAUCUGCCUGGGAAUUCAACACGCCAAGGAGGCUGUCCUGGAAUAUGGAAAAUGUCCACACUGUGCCAAGAUGGACUGGAGUACUUGUAUCAAGCGUCUCACCAAGGUGCAGGAGGUGAUCCAUCAGGAGGCCCAGCAGCGAAAAAAUGAGGCGUCUCAAAACAGAAAUCAGUCGAAACUUGAACCGGUCGCAUCGUCUGCUACGGCUAAAUCUGUGAAAGUCAUGUGUGCUACACCUAAUGUUUCGGAGGCCGAAACUGCUGCUUCAGCACCAUCUUUUUCCUCUGCACCCGUCAUGUUUACUCUUCUCUCACCGUCUUUGAACCUUCCUGACCCAAAUGCUACAGCGGUUAAAGGUAGAUGUGUUUCACAUGCUGCCUUGCAGCAUACGCUAGACUCGGCUUCAUCUGUAGCGUCUACGUUGAUACCUUCGACGUCACACAAAAGACGCCAUUUGUCUAGGUGUCACCCGUGCUGCACGAGACACUCGAGCAGGAGCUGCGGACGGAAACGAAAGCACUCCCCAUCUUCAUCCUUGUCCUCGUCUUGGAGUUCUGAUUCCUCCUGCGAACCUGUCAGGGAGAAGAGGUCACGCCGGGAAACAAGGAAUUCGGCAAAAAGUGAGCAGCUCCUUAAAAUGGUGCAGGAGAAACUGGAAGCCCAACAGAAAGACAUGCAGGUACAGUGGAGCACCAUUGAAAGAAGGCUUGAUAUCUUGGAGAAGAGGAGCCCAAACGAUGCUCCAAAUUUAGUUUCGCAAGUGGAGCAGGGACAACAGACAGGUAUUGCUGCCUGUUCUGGAUCAGUUUCCUUUGCGAAUGCAGUGAAACAAGAAGAUGCGCAAAUCGAUAUCUCACAUUCUUUAAAAUCCAGUUCAUUGCAGCACAUGAGCUCAGUGCCUGAUGUUACAUUGGAAGAGCUGCAGAAUCUCAUAGUACGUGCAGCCAAACGAUUGGGUAUCGAUUUUCCCAUAUCUCAAAGCAACUCACAACAUCCAGUGAUGGUGCCAGAGUUUGAGGAUUCGGUUCAAAGUACAUGGGCCAACCCGGCGAGCUCACAAGCCUUCAGGCCAGUGUUUUCUGAGUUGUACAAGCUUCAUGAAAGCCAAGCUCAACCUUAUGAACAUAUGCCUCAAGUCAACGAACUUAUGUCGACCAUCUUCCAAGCCGUCAUGCCUACAAGAAACGGAGAACACCCCGUUACUCCUGAGCACUGGAAAUUCACUGAAGCACUUGCAGAUAACUCGUACGAAACCGCUGGCAUGCUAGCAAAGACGGCUAAUUAUUUGCGAUACUUGUCUGAUUAUCAGAAGCACCUUUUGGCAGAGAUUUCUGAAAACCCGUCUCCUCAAAGGCUCACGGAUGUUCUCAGCGAGCUUAAGCUCAUCGGAGAGUUCAUGUUUCAGCUCUCCUCACACCAGGCCGAACUUUCUGGAAGGAUCAUGGCAGCAUCCGUGGCUCUUAAACGGCAGAUAUGGAUGGCCAAAACCAACUGCACUGAUUCGCUAAAAGUUGCGUUUGCGGAUCUUCCGUUCGUGGUCGAGACUCGAAAAUAGAUGUUUGGAACUGAUUAGUUUCUGUUUUUUUAUGAUUAUAUUUGUGGUUGAUAUGUUCAUUUUUUAUGUCUCCUUCCAUGGUAUUUUGCACAAAUUGUUUUUAUUAUUAUUUGUAAUUUUUUGGGGGGAAAUUCUUGUUUGAUAGAUGCUCGGGGGAAGUUGACAAGCUGUUUAUGCCAUUUGUUUUUAAUCCAUUGUUUGUACCCUUUGGCGAUGGCUACUAAGUUGUUUAUCCUCUUUUUUUGUUUGUUUUUAAGUGUAGCUCAGUGUAUAUAAAAAUUUACACACCCCUGUUAAAAUGAGUAUUCAAGAUGUAAAAAAAUGAAACCACUACAAAUCACACUCAAUUGUUUCUCACCUUAAAUGUGAUAUAGAAUCCAAAAUUAUUCGAAUAAAGAAAAGUUUGCAUACCUCAUAAAAACAAAAGAUUUGUUAAAGCAUUGUGCUUGUUAUACAGUCCUCAGUCGUUUUAUGUAACAGUCUACUACGUUAUCACACCUUCUUUUGCCAGUUUAAUUCCAAAAAAAUCAAUCCUCCAGCUCUUUCAAGUAUCAAGAGGAAUUCCUGUGAAAAAUCUUUUUUUCAGGGUUUUCAACAGGUUUCGAUAGGAUUUAGAUCAGGUUUUGUUCAGGGACUUUCCAAAACUUGAUCUGUAUUUUUUUGCUGACUUGGAUUCAUGCUUUAGGUUGUUGUUGAAUUAACAGCGGCAUGCAGGUUUGGGCCUUAAAUAGAUAGGUAUUAAGAGAUUCCCUCAAUGAAACCUCAGCCAUAGCUGAAGUAAAGCAGCCACACAGCAUGACGCCCUACGUUGCUUUAUCUUGUGUAUGGUGUAUUUUUUAUGCGAUGAGAUUCUGUGCUUUGGCAUCAUUUUUUUCCCUUAAUAAAGAUUAUGCUUAAACAAUU